CACUUUUAUUUUUGCAAUAUGAAAGCAAUCAGGCUCUCUGUUUACUCAAGCAAAUGUCGUCUUGACAAAUUUACGAAUCAACGGCCGUCUUUAAACAAUCCAAAAAAAUUAUUUGAAGAAUUUAAGAAGCGUGGACCUUUUCAUUAUUUACAAUUUUGUUAUUGGAAGUUAGGAGAUUUAAAACAAGCUGUCAAGUCAGCCUUUACUUUUUUGGUGGCCAAUCCGGGUGAUGAUGAUACUUUGAAUAAUUUACAUUUUUAUAUGGAACAGCCUGGAUUUGAGCGGGAAAUGCUUAUUGAUGAGUGGCAAUAUCGGCAUGAGAAGCUUUAUAUGAAGGCCGUAAAUGCUUAUAGCAAUCAAGAAUGGCUAAAUUGUGUUAAUUUAUUCCAAGAAUCUUUACAACAAUUUUGGGAAGCUUUGGAAGAUUGUAGGUCAGAAUGUGAAUAUUUAAACAACAAAGAGGAAAUUAAUGGUGGGGAUGAGCAGAAUGAGUGGAGUGUUUUUAUUACGAGUAGGCUUAAUAUUUGUUUUAAUUUAAUUUGUAAAACUUGUUUUGUAACAUUCUUUUUGCAAAACUUACGAACAAAAUUACUUUUAAAAAUAGAACUUGUUUUGCGACUUGUUUGUAAAACAUGUUUUUAA